AUGGAGACACUUCCGCCAGAAUUAUAUUCUAAGAUCUUCUCUUUGGCUUGCACGGACGAUGGUACAACUGGUUAUGCCUUGUCUCUCGUUUCUCGAGCCGUUCGUCGCGCGUCCGCUCCCUACAAAUGGCAGUGUCUCUCCCUUUCUGGGCCCAAGCAGUCGUGGAAAUUCGUCCGACAGUUCAGGAAGCUCAAAAACGACGUAACACCACCUAUUCAUCAUCUAUUCCUCUCCACGCGUUGUGCAUGCAGUGCGAUAGACAACAACGCUGAAUUUCUGCGAUGGGGCGAGUUGCAGGACAUGGUCUUGCGCUUCGCCGCACCGACACUGCAGACUCUCACAUUCGUAUCCUUCGACGCUCCCUAUGCCGGUGCGCUCUACAUCAUCAAGCUCCUUGCGAUACCCUUCCCCGAGCUCGUCGAGCUCACCAUCCGCGGCCAAUGGGUGCCCAUCCACAGCAUCACGGACACUGGUGAGGCGUUGAAGUUCGCCGUGGGCACUCCGGAUAUCGGCGUCCUGUCCGCCGCGGCCAACCGCCCCCAGCUCCGCCGCCUGCACGUCGCGUGCCGGCAGUCGCUGUACUCAGACCUGAUGAACGAUCUCAUCUGCACGAUCUCGCCCGUGCUCACGCAUCUGCGGAUAUCCAUCCUCAACCGCGGGCCUGGGCGGGAGAUAGCGAGGCUGCUCCACUCGGAGCUCGCAGCGCGGGGCAUCGUCGACUGGCAGCUCGCGCUGAACUGGCUGGCGCUGGACGAGACGGUCAGUGUGGCUGGCGCGGUGACCUGGCCGUCGAUGCUCCCCCGCUCCCUCCAGCUGCUCGCCGUGCAGUCACCGCCGCCACCUGAUGAGGGCCUCUCGAACGUAUUCCAAAGUCUCUAUGCGAUCAAUAUCUUGAAGGCAAUCGAGAGGGAGGCAGGCGGACGCUUCCUUUUCAUCCCCCUGCAUCGCGUGAGGCGGUACGAGUACGCGGACGCGAGGGCCGAUUGGCUGGAUAGGAUUUCCGGUGGACUGGGCUGUUGGGGAGGCAAGGCCGACGAUGAAGCUUGGGAGGGAUCGGAGGAGCCCCAGGCACGCGUGUCCACGCAGUGUCAUUGCUCAGGGUCUGCUCCUGUGAUCCGCCGUUCCGCCAGUACGCUCACCAAGUUAUUUGAAGCGGUGAAGCAGAGGCACUCCUAA